GGAGGAAUGCAACCCUCUGGUUCGACAGGUGAAGUCUUCCAUUAGAGGAGUGAUGGCGGAGCUGCUGGCUGCUGUAAAUCCUUCAAAGAAGCUCAUUUCUCUGGGCACCGGCGAUCCGGCGGUUUAUCCAAACUUUUUCGGCGGCGGUCGGGAGGUUUUCACGGACGCCGUAAAGGCUACGGUCUCCUCCGGUCUGUAUGACUCCUAUCCUCCGGCAUUCGGCCUCCCCCCGGCUCGCCGUGCUGUAGCCGAGUACUUGAGGAGCGUGGUGAAAGGCUCCGGCUAUUUGCGCGGCCAUCCCCUCCAUCUACGCGACAGCGAUGUCUUCCUCACGGUCGGCGCCACGCAGGCUCUGCAGACCACGCUGUCUGUGCUCGGCCCCGGCAUUCCCGGCGGCAACAUCCUCCUCCCUCGUCCUGGCUUUUCUCUCUAUGACUCCGCCUGCGUGCUCGCCGGCGUCGACUGCCGCUACUAUGACCUCCUCCCCUCCCGCCGAUGGGAAGCCGACCCCUCCCAAAUCCGAGAACUCGCCGACUCUCGAACCCUCGCAAUCGUCGUUAUCAACCCUAACAACCCCUCAGGCGCGGCUUUCUCCGGCCACCACCUCCUCCAGAUCGCUGAGAUUGCUAGGGAUUUGAACAUUCCCAUCAUCGCCGAUGAGGUCUACGGGGGAAUCGUAUUUGGCGGCGGAAGGUUCAUUCCCAUGGCAUGCUUUGCUUCCUUCGCUCCUAUAAUCACCAUCGGUUCUUUGUCCAAACGCUGGAUGGUUCCUGGAUGGCGAUUCGGUUGGUUUGCGAUCUACGAUCCGAAUGACACCCUUCAUGAGGUGAGAAACGCAGCGGAAAUAAUGAUGAACAUAAAUCCCGGGCCAUGUUCUGUAAUUCAGGCUGCAGUUCCAGCAAUUCUGUCGGAUGCAAAUGAUGAAUUUCACGAGAGUGUGAUAGCUUUAUUGGAGACCUGUAUGGAUACGCUUUAUAAAGGAUUGCAGCAAAUUGAAGUUCUGGAAUGCUAUUCCAGGCCUCAGGGAUCCAUGUUCAUGAUGGUUGAGGUGGACACGACCCGCCUUCUUGGCAUUGAGAAUGACAUGGAUUUUGCAAAGGAGUUGAUGAAAGAGGAGUCUGUGUUGGUUUUGCCAGGUUCGGUUAUUGGAUUGAAGAAUUGGAUUAGACUAUUCUUCGGACUUCCGACGGAUUUAUUGAGCGAGGCAUGUGAUCGGAUGAACUCGUUUUGCAAGCGGAGGAUGGUUAAAAAUGCAUGGUGAAGUUUGUUUCUUUAUGGAGAUGGCUAGAGCUAAUUAUCAAUUCUAUAAAGCCUAUAUAACUCACUCUAUCUUUUUUUGUUGUAUGUUGUGAGAUCGGUGAUCGGGCUUUUAUUAUUGAUUUUUAUCUUUUAUGAGCUA